AUGCAAGCUCUCAACUAUGAGGAUGAAGAAAUGGAUUUCGAAGGCUCAAGUCCAUUCAAUGCAGACGACGAUGACGACGAGGCUGAUACUCAGUCGGAGAACUCUGAGCCCGAGGAGGAGCCGGAGCCGGAGCCGGAACAAGAGGCUGGAGACAGUGGUGAUGAGAGCGAUCCUGCUGAGGACUCUGACCAAGAGCGUGCAUCUUCGCCGCCUUCGGACCAUGAACCUGAGGAACCAAGCGCAAAUAUAUUCGAGAAACGUCCUAGUCCUGUGAUGGUACCGGUCAUGGUACCAGCGGUCCCGAUUCGCGCUGCUUCCCCUGCUGCGCUUCGCCGUACAGCAUUUAAAACCGACAUUUCGUCCUCAGUUCGGUCGUAUUCUAUCGACCCUAUUUGCGCAUACCCUCACACCGCCGCAACACACUCACUCGCCGCGUCGAAAUGCAUGACCCAUCUAUUAACCGGCUCAGACGACGGAUAUAUCCGUGACUAUGACUUCUAUGCUGGUUGUAAUGGGAAAGUACUUUUGACAGCACCCCAGAGGCAACACUGCGGCCUAGGAGAAGGUGUGAUGAAAGGUGGUGUUUUAAGAAUGUGGUGGGAGAACCCGUCUGGCGAAGGUGGUUCUCAGCCUUCAGGGGGUGACGUGACACCUGCCCCGUCCAACGUGCUCGAAGGAGGAUCGCUUUCUCCUGUGUAUUGCAUGACAAUGCAUUCGGACGCGCUAUGGGGCCUCUCGGGUACUGCGGCUGGUAACAUUAACUUGUUUACUGUUCGGCAUGACCCUGGGCGGCUUCAUUUUGUUCUGCGCGGUCACAAAGGUCCAACCUCUGGGCUCGCCCUCUCUGCGGAUGAAAAAAAGGUUUAUAGCGCUGGCUGGGAUGGUCACGCAUUGGAAUGGGAUUUGAACGUUGGCCAGAUCGUUCGUCGAUAUCCGUCGCAUGGUGCUCAGCUCGUCUCGAUCGGGAUACGACCGAUAUCAUCCAAUGCCACCGACUCGAGUUCCCCUUCGGUAAUUCCGAGCACCCUACCUCACAAUCAGUCCGAAAAUUUCAUCAGUAGCAAUGGUGCAGAUGGAACAAUGGGUUCCCAGAGGCCUCCCACUCAAAUGGGUGGAUCGCCCCGUUCCGCUGAGGAAGACUAUGACCCACUGUUUGACGACCCAGAGCUGGACGCUUCCGCCGAUCUUGAUCAGGGAGUGGGGGGACGGGGUGUAUCUUCAGCACUAGCGUGGAGGUCGGCUGUGCCUACACUAGAUUCGGAGACAUAUGAACGUUAUUCGCAUAACAUUCUCAUGACCGCCGGGAUUGAUGGGCAAAUCACGAUUUGGGACCGUCGUGUGGCGGGAUCUACUCCCGGUUCUGGUGUCGGAAGGUUAGAGAUUCCGGAGAAAACACCGCCCUGGUGUGUUUCGGCAUGCUGGUCAGCAGAUGGAUCCCAACUAUACGCUGGCCGACGUAAUGGUACCGUGGAGGUGUGGGACAUGAGGCAAACACGGAACACACACGAAGGGACCCCUCGGUUGCUUAGAACAUUGCGAAACCCACUUAGUUCAGGCGCAGUGUCAUGUGUGGUUGCGUUCCCCGAUGGUAAACACCUUGCAUGUGCUUCUCAGGACAACAUCAGACUGUGGAACGUAUCUGCGGAGGCUCAGGCAGAAGCAACAAGUCGCUCAAGGGUUGCUCCGUUUAAAAUUAUAGCAGGACACCAUGGCGGAACGAUAUCCCAAAUAUCUAUGGCCGCUGUUGCUUAUCACCACCGUCCUGCCCCCGUGCCAACGCCGCCCCCUCAUAUGCACCCAUCUGAAAUGGACAUGGAUCCGCGACCGCCGUCUCCUACAUCCUCAACGUCAACUGUGACGUCCAGUCGAACUCCUGAUUUUUUUCGGCAGCUACAUGAGCGUCAGCUUAAUUGUAUGAAUACCACAUACAUGCUCCCAGCAGAUGAACAGGAAAUGAAGCGAAUGGAUAUUGAGCACAGGAUGAUGAAGUUUAUCAUGGCAGGCAAAAACUACGUUGGACCAGUCGCCGAGGCGCUGACCAAAGUUCCUGGCGUCCAACGACGAGUGCUGGAUUGUGGAACAGGGAAUGGACUUUGGGCUAUAGAGAUGGCCGACGAAUUCGACUGGGUUGAAGUAACGGGCGUUGAUCUUGCGCCCAUCCAACCCAGAAAGGUUCCUCCAAACUGCGUCUUUGAGUUGUUUGACCUCGAUGGACAGCGACUGCCGUAUCCAGACAGUUGGUUUGAUGUUGUACAUGCACGCUCAGUAUAUACAGGGGUUCGACAGUAUGGCAUAUUUCUCCGCGAACUCGCACGGGUACUUCGGCCGGGCGGCGUCGCGAUUUUCGCCGAGGUUGACAGCACACCAUUUGGAGAGAAAAAGCAUCGUAUCCCCCUCGAGCCGCGGGGUGGCGCUCCUGGCUGGGCACAGUAUUGGGACCAGGUCCGAAGAGCGCUUGGCCAACUUGGAAUCGAUGUUACCAUCCCUAGUCAACUGCGAAAUCGAGUUCGCGACACGCGAGAAUUCGAGAAUAUUGUCGCACAGGAAGCGAUGGUCCCGAUCGGAUUUUGGCCAAAAGAAGGCGGAUGGAAAGCAGGGGAAAGUGGGGAAGGUGUUCCGGUUGGUUGGGUUUGGUCAACAUCGGGGGCGAACCGCUUUGAACCCGUUAUACUCUCAAUAGGACAACUUGCUUGGAUGAAUUACGACAAUUUGCUCCUUGCACUUCGACCGCUCUUGCUCGACCAUGGAAUCACACCCGAAAGGGCGGCCAAAUUGAUCGAAGAUGCGCAGGAAAACCUCUAUCAUCCCAAGGUUCAGCCCCAUUGCUGCUGGCACAUUGUGCAUGCACGCAAGGCUCGGUAA